ACCGCCAGAGAAUCGAAUUGAUCAAGAGGGAUACAAAGCCCAUACUGUUGUAUCGGAAAAGGUCGGCCGAUCUCGAUCGAUCCAUCAGUCCGUAGCGCGCCGCCGAUCAUCGAUGGCGUUGAGGGAGAUCGAGUCGACGCUGCCUCCCGGGUUCAGGUUCUACCCGAGCGACGAGGAGCUGGUGUGCCACUACCUCCUCAAGAAGGUGGCCAACGAGCGCAUCGCCCAGGGGACGCUCGUCGAGGUCGACCUCCACGCGCGCGAGCCAUGGGAGCUCCCAGAGGUGGCGAAGCUGACGGCGAGCGAGUGGUACUUCUUCAGCUUCCGCGACCGCAAGUACGCGACGGGGUCGCGGACCAACCGCGCCACCAGGACGGGCUACUGGAAGGCCACGGGCAAGGACCGCGAGGUGCGGAGCGGCGGCGCCGUCGUGGGCAUGCGCAAGACGCUCGUCUUCUACCGCGGGAGGGCCCCCAACGGCGUCAAGUCCGGCUGGGUCAUGCACGAGUUCCGCCUCGACACCCCGCACUCGCCACCCAGGGAGGACUGGGUGCUGUGCAGGGUGUUCCAGAAGACCAAGGGCGACGGCGCCGACGGCCAGGACGGCGACUCCGCCUCCUCGCCCACCGCCUUCGCCGGCUCGUCACGCGUCGAGCCGCCGCCGGAGCCGGACCACUCCGCGUCGUCAGGCGUCGGCUGCUACGGCUACGCGCCGUUCCCGUCGCAGCAGGAGGUGCCCGUGCAGCCGCAGUAUUACUACUACGGCGGCGGCGGCGGCGCGGCCGCUGCUGACCACCACUACGGCUUCCCGCGGGACGACGCGGCCGGCGCGCUGCCCGGGUUUGGGCCUGGCGGCGACGGGUACGGGUUCGGCGCCUACUUUGACAUGGGCGGCGGCUUCGGGGACUUGGCGAGCCUUGGAGGCGGCGUGGAGUUUCCGCAAGUGUGGAACUGA